AUGGCACAACUAGGAGAUUUAAUUAACAAACAGUAUACGUGUAAAGAUAUUCACACAAUUCUGUCCACCAAAUUAGAAGAAUUACGUCAAAAAUCUCCUGAACACUUUUCAAAACCCAUUCAUGCAUUAGCUGCUGUCGACGAUAGUAUUGAACGUCAGUUAGAACAGUUAUUACAACAAGAAAGAAAAGAUCACAUAGGGAAACGCAUUGCACUUAUUCCAUAUCAUUUGGAAAAUUUACAUUGGGUUGGAAUUUUAAUCGAAUUUACAGAGAACGAACGUAUUAAACGAGCCGAAUAUAUUGAUUCAGUAAAUGGAAGUAAUAUUACUCCAGAAAAAUUGCAAAGCCACUUUGCUCAAGUUUAUCCAGAUGAUGUUUUACAAGUAAAACAUUUGCAAAAAGAAGACGAUCAUCUACAUAGUGCCGCAUUAACUAUUGAAAACUUGUUAGUAGCUGCCAACAUUAAGCAUCCAACAGUUAUUGAACGGUCAAAGAAAGAAGAAUCUAUUUCGUCGCCAACUACACACAUUCCAAAGGAAGGUAAUGAAUAUGAACGCCGCGAACUAGAACAGAAAUUACACUUAUUUAAUAGUGAUUGGAGCAAAGAGGUACCUCGAGACGUAAGAAUGUUGUCAGGAAAAAUACGACGAACAGUAGACCAAACCAAUGUAUAUGAGGAGCAGGAAAAAACGAAAGAUGUUGAGGAAGAAGUGAAAUAUGUUUCGUCUAGCUCUUUACCGGAUGACAAAUCAAAAGUUCAUGAAUUGAAAAAGAAGUUAGAUAACGGUCUGGUAAAGAUUCACCUACAGAAUGUGGAUGAGUUGCCAGGAAAAAUACAGGAUAG